AGGAAGAAGAGAGGAUGUGGGAGCUUCAUAGCAGACUUUCGGUUGAAGAGAAGAACAGGAAGACGUUAGCCCGAGGUUUGUGAGAAAAGGGAUUUGCGAAGAAAUCUCUAACCUCUCUCGCGUGAACCCUCUUGCACCGAAGAGGAAGAAAGAGAACGUAGCAUUGGACGACUUCGAAGCUGAAAAAAGAAGAUACAUCAACAAGACGAGGAUUGGAAGAGAUGGCAUUGAGAGGUGUCUGGCAGCUGCAAAAGCUCAUUGUUAGCUAUUGUGAUUGGGGGGGAAGUAGUAGAGGCAUCAGGGCAUUUAUGGAAUCACAUUUGCCAACACUUAAAGAAAACAAUCCUCAGCUAGAGGUGGUUACUGAACUCAUUCGAGGACAGCAUCCUCAUUUGAAAGGCUUUUACAAGAACAAAAAUGAGCGUGUGGUAUGCGUGAAAAAUAUGACUCCUGAUGAGGUCCUUCUGAAUGCAACAAGGCUCCGGAAUGCACUGGGGCGGAAAGUGGUAAAAUUGAAGACAAGACAUGUAACUAAACACCCUAGCGUGCAAGGCACGUGGAGCACGGACGUGAAAUUUUGAGGCAAGGCAAAUGAGUUUCCCUUCCUUUUUCUUAAUGGCUCAUUUGACUCAGAAUCUGAAACUUUAGUCUUCGUAAUUGAUUGGAGCUCUUCAAAUUUCUGCGAAUUGCAUACUAGGGUUAGUAUCUUCUAAGAUACUUAUUUUGGGUGCUUUGCCUGUCUUGUUUCUGGGAAUACUGGGGUUAUCCCUUCUGGUCAGAUUCCAUUAAUAUAAAGUCAUGACCUUCCCACACUUAGAAGCCUGUGGAUACAAAACAGCAGCUUGAUAAAUUCCUUGGACGAACUUUGCUGUUUUCUGCUUCCUCAUGCUGUAUCUUAUAAAAUUAACUCAAAUUGUAAAUUACAUGUGCAUCUUUGAGUUGAAUUAAAAAAAUUUAAACCGUCA